AUGUCUGCUAUUUGUGAGCAGCACCAUGUUCCUACUCCAACUUCCGGAGGUGGAAACGCCCGUUUUAAUUGGUAUCAUUUCCUGGCAAUGAUGCUCAAAGGUAGAAACAUUCUUUGUCAUGAGUUAUCAUCUCCAAAACAUGAAAGGAUUUGUCCAUGUGACUACUUCAAGGAUAACACAGUUGGUCUUCGUGAUGUUAUUCUCCAGGUCAUCAAAUUACUGAAAAAGGACAAAAAAGUUGUGAUAGAUGAUGAGAAUGCUUCAGCCAUGACAAGAGAAUCGUAUGUCAGGAUGGUGCAAAGAAAGAUAUCUUCAAAAACUAUCGCCUCGGUUAAAGUCAUACCUGCAAUGGGAAGGAUACAGCUGUUGUGGUCACGAGAGUACUACCUGGCAGAAAAUUCACAUAAAGGAACAUCACAGGAACUAUCUACACAAGAUGGAGAUAUAAACAAAUGGUUUUCAGAAGGGGACACAGAUCACAUCAAUUACAGUUGCAACGAAGUGUCUGAUCCCAGUUUUGAUGAAGGUAUACAAGUAUUUGAAAGGACAAUACCACUUACUGUCAAGUCACAGUAUAAGUUUGAGGUGCCUGCCCUGUGCAUGCAAUGGGAAGGAAUGAUAUGUGGCACCACAGAGGAGCCUCGUCUUCUUCCUGAAGUUGUGUCUAUUUGUCAACACUGGUCAGAUGCCAAUGUAGGCGGUCGGAUAUUUAUUAUCUGUGAUAACACCAUCAGUAUAUCAGGUUCAUCUGGCCAGCAUCAACAGGAGAAUACUGAAUGUAGAAAGUUAGUUAAAACACUAGUGAAACAGUUUUGUGGCUGUCCAGUAUAUAUGUUUUGUGUGGAGAACUCUGCAGACGCCGUAAACUUUACCAAGCCACCUAAUCCUGGCAUACUGGCCUAUCUCCAGCGGCGACAUCAUCUUAAUAUCAACUCUAAGGACAGCGUUUACCUUUACCAGUCCCAGAAUCACAAGAUGGUGGCUGAGACUUCAGGGAUGCCACACCUCAAGAUGUCAAGGGCAGUGCUUCAGCCUUCUUUGGUAGAUUCAAGUCAUGUGUUCAGCAUUCCCAACAUCCCAUUGUUUCUGAAAGAGCUGAACAUGUUACCUCUAGAGAACUUUGAUCAAAGACCACCUGAGAUUCCUGGGAUUCAAGAUGUGUCUUUCUUUGAAGACAAUGAAAUCAGCAUGCAUCUUGGUUAUGGUCGAAGGGAAUUCUUGUUUGCUAAAGACAUAGACACUUUAGCAAAAUUCAACAAGACAUAUGCAGAGAUGGCUUCCUUGUCUACAGCACCUUUCAGCAAGUUUUUGAAGUCAAAUUCAAUAAAAGAGCCAGGAGACAAGGCUGAUAGUCAAAGAGAAUCUGCCAAGAAGGCACGCCUGUCCAAGUCAUUGUCAUCAGAUCGUGAACUGCCCCACUGGAUGAUGUCAGAUAGGAAAACUAAAGGGAUUUCUCAGUCUUCUAAACCCUCCAUCAGUAAUACAGAUAGCACAGACUCCACCAAUACCAAGUAUAAAAGGACAAAAUAUGUGAUGACAGAGACAGAGCUGACUGAGAUUGCUAAGGAUAUACUUAAACAGGCAGGAAGAGAAGAUCUCAUUAGAAACAUACAGCUACAACAACUCAGAGAAAAUGUAAUUAACAGACAUGAGAGUUCAACCACUCAAAAGCAGAAAAAAGAAAAGUGUUUAAAAUUUACAGAGGACCACUCCAGCUCAAUGGAUGUAAAUUUGGGAGAGGAGGAGGGCACUGAUUCCUUUGUAGAUGUUUUAAGUUCACAGUGCGAUAUUGCACCACAGAAGGAUUCAUUGACAAGACCUGCAUCAAACAUGAUCUUGGGAGAUGUAAAGUUUGAGGACAGGAAUCCUAAAUCUGUGUCAAGUACAUCCGUUCUUGAUAGCUUUGUCAUAAAUGAUGAAGUCAGGAAAAAAAGUCAGAAGAAAACUUUGAGGAAACCUCUCAAUAUAGUUACCAAGCAUGUCAUGCAGGAUGAACAUGACAUUAGUGAACAGCAGAGAAAAAACUUAUCUCCAAAGAAACCAUAUAAACUCUUAACAGAAAAAUCAGAAAGUGACCCUGUUCCAGCUGGUGAACAAUUAUCUGAGGCAAAUGUAACUAUUCAAGAGAGAACUGAAAUCACACAUGAUCAAUUCACUGAAAUAUCUCGGAGAAAACUGCCUGACUUAUCAGUAUUGGAUGAAAUAUUUUCAUGACAUUUCAAGGCAUUGCAAACAUAAAAUCACUGCAAAUUUGAA